AUAACCUCAAUCGAAGAACACCAACCCCAAAGAAUUUAUUUAUUUUUGUAAUAGUAACAUCCUUAAAUAAUAAUACAGGAAAAUGCAGAAAAGGGUUCAACCUGAUUGGUCUCCACCAAAUAAAACCAAUGAACCACUAUUAAAAGUCUUUAAUAGCCUAACAAGGAAAAAAGAACCAUUUGUUCCUUUAUCGGGAAAGAAAAUUACGUGGUAUAGUUGUGGACCAACCGUUUACGAUACUUCACAUAUGGGACAUGCAAGGUCAUAUAUUACUUUUGAUAUACUAAGAAGAGUUUUAACUGAUUAUUUUGGUUAUGAUGUAUUUUAUGUAAUGAAUAUAACUGAUAUUGAUGAUAAAAUUAUUAAAAGAGCUCGGCAGAAUUACUUAUUUGAAAAAUAUUCUUCUGAAAACAAGUCAUUGGAGUUAAUUUUGGAAGACUCAAAGCAGGUACUAGAAAAAUUGUCAGAUACUACAAAAAAAACCACAGAUCCUGAUAAAAAACAGAUGUAUGAAAAACUGUUGAUUAAACUGACUAGUUCAAUUGAUGAACUGGAGAAAGCAGUUAAGGGUGGAGACAAUAAUUUAAUAGAAAAAGAAAAACUUAACUAUAUUAACAACAGCAAAGACCCCUUAUCAGACUGGCUGGACUCCAAAUUUGGCGCUACAGUAACUGACAAUGCAAUUUUUACUAUAUUGCCAAAGUUCUUUGAAAAUGAUUUCCAUAAAGACAUGGACGCAUUAAAUGUUCUCAGGCCACAUGUUCUUACUAGAGUAAGUGAAUACAUACCAGAAAUUGUAACAUACAUAGAAAAAAUCGUAGCAAAUGGUUUUGGUUAUGAAGCAAAUGAAUCAGUUUAUUUUGAUGUGGCUGCUUUUGAUAAAAGUAAAAAACAUCAUUAUGCUAAAUUGGUUCCUGAAGCCUAUGGUGAUACUAAUAGUUUGCAGGAAGGAGAAGGUGAUUUGACAACAGCCGAUCAACGUGGAGAAAAGCAUUCGCCAAACGAUUUCGCCUUGUGGAAAAAAAGCAAACCUGGCGAACCGGCCUGGGAUUCCCCAUGGGGAAAAGGUCGUCCAGGUUGGCAUAUUGAAUGUUCCGCCAUGGCCUCAGCCAUAUGCGGAUCUACUCUUGACAUUCAUACAGGUGGCGUGGACUUGAAGUUUCCACAUCAUGAUAACGAAAUUGCUCAAAGUGAAGCUUACUUUGAGAAUCCAGAAUGGGUAAAAUAUUUUUUACAUUCUGGACAUUUAACAAUAGCAGGAUGCAAAAUGUCUAAAUCUUUAAAAAACUUUGUAAGCAUUAAAGAUGCUUUAUCAAAAUAUUCUGCAAGACAAUUAAGAUUUGCUUUCUUGCUUCAUUCAUGGAGAGAUACUUUGGAUUACAGCCAAAAUACUAUGGAAAUUGCAUUGCAAUAUGAAAAAAUGUUUAAUGAAUUUUUUCUGAACAUAAAAGAUAUAACCAGAACACUUGGAAAUAACACAACAUUUGAUACUUUUGGAAAAUGGGAAUCCUAUGAAUCAGAACUUAACAACAAAUUUUUACUUACUAAAGAAAAUGUUCAUGCUGCCUUGUGCGAUAAUAUUGAUACCAGAUCAUGCCUGGAGGCUCUUAGAGACCUCGUAACAGCUGGUAACUUGUACCUUAGAGACAGAAAACCCCAAAAUCAAGUGCUCUUAUAUGACAUUGGUAUUUAUAUUACCAAAAUGUUAACUAUUUUUGGUGCUAUUUCCGAACCGUCAAAAUUAGGUUUUCCAUUAUCCAGUGGGCCUGAAAAUACUGAAGAAGCUGUUAUGCCGUUCCUUACAAUCCUUGCCGAUUUCCGUAAUAAUAUAAGAAAACAUGCUAGAACUAUAAAGGCAACCGAAAUAUUAAAAGAAUGUGAUGUAAUUAGGGACGAUAUAUUGCCAAAUGUUGGAGUCCGCUUGGAAGAUAAAGAAGGGGAAACGAGCGCUGUAAAAUUGGUUGAUAAGGAUAUAUUAUUAAAGGAAAAAGAAGCCAAAAAGCAAGCUGAUUUUGAUAAAGCUGCCGAAAAGGAAAGAAAAAGAGCUGAAGCUGCUGCUGCCCAAGCUGCAAAAGAUGCACAAAGAAAAGUUCCGCCAAGUGAACUUUUUAAAUCAGAAACUGAUAAAUAUUCCAAGUUUGACGAAAAUGGCAUGCCAACUCAUGAUUUAGAAGGAAAAGAAAUAAGUAAAGGCCAAUUAAAAAAAUUACAGAAGCUCCACCAAGCCCAAGAAAAAAAGUACCAGGAAUAUCUAGCUUCUCAAAACUAAUUUUUUUAUCACAAAUUAUUUAAUUUACUUACAUAAUAAAACUGUAUUAAAACCCAGAAUUACGUAUUACGUAUCCAAUGCAUUUUUAUAAAUUUUAAAAUUUAUUAUGUUUUAAAAGGAAAAUCUAUUUUAAAUUUUG